AUGUACCCCGGAUGCCAGCCCACAUCUGCCGCUAAACGCAAAGUGGCCCCAGCAAGCGGCAAUGAAUUCGAUGGCCCCAGUGCCAAGAAGACAAAAAGCUCCCUCGGCGGCGUCUCCCGUAACUGGCGUCAAGUUACUGCCCUCGUUAAGCCCCCUGCGGCAGCUGCAACAGCAUGGGACCGGACUAUCGAUCGCACUGUGCGAGCAACGUCAACUACAUCCGCAUCCUCUGGAGCCGCCCUCGAUGGCGAGACCUUGGACCGGUUUGACGACGAAGCGGAGACUCUUGAAGAUGGUGUGCAAGCAACCCAGCGAGCGACAGUUGGAGCGAAGACAUCGCAGAUGGGAAUCGUCCCUCACCAAAAGACACUCACUGUUGACGACGACAUUGACGAUGAUGCCCACGAGAGGGGACGCAAACCGAAAUACCGGCUGAGCGACCUCCCAUUUCACACCCAGGAACACCGGGCACUGUUCAAGCAACGUGUUGUGGCCGAUGUCAUCGAUUGGGCAGGGUGUUUAGCGCAACCAUUCGCUGCUGCUGCCCAUCCAGACUUCAAGAAGAUCGUCAAGGAAGCUUACGAAGCGGUCUUCUCUAGCGACCCCGAAUCACCGUUCGCUAUUACGAAGGCGGUAUAUGGUGUGGUUUCCGGCGCUCUCUAUACCUGGCGGAGCGAACUUGGAAAGGAGGCACUCGCUAUCGCAGGCGACAUUCUCCAUGAGGUCCCUAAUGAUGAGAAUGGCAAACCUAUCACCUUGGUGCCUAUCACCCCCGACAUCGUCGCUGAACGUGCAAAGAACUAUCUGAAGAAUGCCGAUUUUCUCUAUGCUGGUGGAGCAGCACAUACGGGCUCUUACCGGUCUCGGUUCAUUCUCGAGCCGCUCGGACGGCAGCAUAUCCGCCUAGCGAUACAGCCCCGAACGGACCCAAACUAUGGUUUUCCAGCUGGGGCUCUUGCGCUUUGCGCUGCUGCAGCACAACGAGCUCUCGAGCUGUGGGAAACUGGCAAGCUCAUCCAGACGAUGGAUGAUGGGCAUGGCAAGGACAAGAAGCUCCUCUUCUCUGGUGUCGAUUGGACAAACACGACCACCAAGUAUUACAACGGCAUCGUCCAGAAUCUCAAGUCGGUACAGAAGCAGCAUCUCAUUUUGGACAUGGCAGCCCCCUACACCUCUCUUAAACGACGAGCCGCCGCCGAUCUCCUCGAAGCAAGUAGCCGGAAGACGUACUCAAGUGCCCCUCAGGACCCGCGCCAGCAUAUCGAUGUCUCCGACGACGAGCCCGAGGGUGAUUAUACAGUUGGAGGGAACUAA